AUGCGCCUUCGCAACCAGCAGGAGCGUCGCGUCCCCGACGCCUACGACCCGGCGACGGCCGGCAAGAAGCCGCAGCUGGCCAGCACGCGGCUGCGGUCCGGGCGCAACCGCGACCGCGGGCGCGGGGCGCACAGCGGGGAGGACGACCACGGUGACGACGCCGCCCAUGAGGAGGAGGAGGGCGGCAGCGACAGCAGCGACCAGGGGGACACGCCGCCGCGGCGGCGCGGCGCUGCGCUCAGGCGGGCUGGCAGCGGCAGGCGGGCGGCGGCCGGCGCUGCGGCAGCGCUGGCAGAGAGCGGCAAGAAGCGGCCGCGGCGGCAGCAGCAGAAGCAGCAGAAGCAGGACGAGGAAGAGGAGGGGCACGAGGGGGCCCAGCAGGGCAAAGCGGAGGAGGGUGACGACGAGGAGGGGAAUGAAGAGGACGGGGAGGAGCACGAUGAUGGGGAGGCUCCAAAGGCGGGCGUCAAGCGGCCCAAGCGCCAGCGCUCUCAGGACAAAGAGCAGCCGCACCAGCAGGCCAAGCAGGUGCCCGCUAAGGGUGCCCGCCCUGGCGGCCAGCGACGCAAGCCCCAGGGGACGUCAGGAGCCGCAGGGGGCGAGGCCCAGGAGCAGCAAGCCGAGGCGCCCGACACGGCAGGCCGCGGGAGAAGGGCGCGCCCAACGCGGGGCGCGGCAGGCGCAGCGAUCGCCGCACAGCGCAGCGAGUCGCCCUCGGCCGCGCCAGUGCUGCCGCCGACGCAGCAGCAGCAGCAGCAGCAGCAGCAGCAGCAGCGGCAGCCGCCGCCACCGCCAAUCGACCCGGCGUCGUACCCGGCUGAGCAGCGGCCGUUUGCACAGGCCGCGCUCGACCUGGAGGCGCCGACCCAGGGGCUGAUGGCGCUCGUCAGGGAGCGCAUGACCAAGCAGCAGGCGGUGAAGAAGCUGCAGCAGCAGAUGGACAUGGCGCAGCGGCAGCUGGCGGAAGCUGAGGAGCAGCUGGCGCGCGGGUUCCCGGAGUUGAUGGCAAAGGCGGAGCCCGCGCUGCGCGAUCUCGCUGCGCAGGACGCCCGCGUGGCGGCGGAGGUCAUGGCAGGGCAGCCGCUGGGCGUGGUGCUGCGGAAGUGGGUGCAGCACCUGGCGACGAUGCAGGCGCUGCACCCGGCCGGCGGCGGUGCGGACGAGGCGGUGAAGCAGCUGUCGGAGCGCUGGGACAUCAAGCCGCGCCUAACCCAGCAGCAGCAGCAGCAGCAGCAGCAGCAGCAGCAGCAGCAGCAGCCUCGGGCACGUCUCAGCGAGGGCCCGCCCGAUCGCGGCACCUCGGCCGGGCCGGCCUCUCCGCCUGCCCCACCGCGCUCACGACUGCCCAGCAGCGCGGGCGGUGCGAUCGUGUCCAAUCGGGGCAACACAGGCGCGGGGCAACUGCUGCCGCAGCAUAAGCAGCAGCCGCAGCUUCAGCAGCAGCAGCAGCAGCAGCAGCAGCAGCAGCAGCAGCAGCCCUUCCAGCAGUUCCUGCAGGAGCUCGUGCCGCUGCGCUCCCUCGGCGACGCGGCGCGCGACGCCGCCCUCCUCCGCCUCGCCGCCCACCUGCUACCGCCCUGCGCGGUGGACCCGUUUGAGGCCGCACGCACCAUGGAGCGCGCCUUGUUCGACCAGCACGGCGGCGACGCGCGCGGCGGCGGCUACGUCCGCCACCUGGGCGUGCUCUGCGCCGCACUCGGCGGCCCGCCGCCCAGCGGGGCCGCGUUUGUCGGGGCGGACGGGCGGGCGGUGAGCCAGGAGGAGCACGAGCGGCUGGGGGACGUGGCGCGGUGGUAUGUGCUCGACGGCGUCGUGGCGGCCGCCCAGCUGGUGGCGCGGACGCGGCCCCUGGAGGCUGAGGACGGGCGCGCUGGGCCGGAGGCGCGGCGGGACGAGCAGCAGGGGGCCCGGGGCCAGCGGCAGCAGCAGAUCAUUGAGCCGGAGGUGUCUGUGAAGCGGGAAUGA